AUGGAAGGAGUAAACGCAUACUACUCGAUACUUCAGUGCGCUCUGAAUAAAGAAGAGAGGCCCAUUGACAAAGAAAUAGGAGAGUAUAAAGAAGCACUAGCUAAAGAAACACGCUCUGCUUAUAAAAAUAUAGCAAAUAGCAAUGCAUUCCCGUACUGUUUGUGCUCUCUUUCGCUCUCUCAGGUAGAAAGGGCUAUAGAAAUAGAAUACGUCUCAUUGACUCCUAGAUCUAUGCACAUAGGCUUAAUUACAGCAGAAAAUAUCUCCAAAGACAGCUGCAAGAGCGGCAAACUAAACAAGGAAGUGCUGAUCUUAAGGUGUAGAUGUGCUAAGAACAAAGAGAUAGACUGGGACAGCAAUCCGUUGUAUGCCAAGGUGGUCUGUCUGCUAGUUGACUACAAAAAUAAAAUAGAAAGCAACAUGAAAGUGUUUAACAAAAUAUUCAAAAAUAGGGAAAUAGAUGAUGGUGAGAGAGAGGACGAAAGUAAAAGUGAAAUAAAGGACACUGAAAUAGAAAAAGAGCUAGAAAGACGAAUCAGCAAGAAAAACAUAAGGGAACUGCUCAGAACAACAGAAAUAACCGCAGAACAGAACAAACUUCUCAAUAAGAUAAUAAAGAGCACAAGAAAAAUAAAAAAAUAA